UUACCUGGUCCUGGUAUCUCAUUCUUCAAACGAUCACCGCUAUUGUCGGAAUCAUAGGCAACGGAAUUGUCAUGUUGGUGCUUUUCCAAAGAAGGGCCAAGCGACGUUCGACCGAUACCUUGGUCGGCGGACUUGCCACAGCGGAUUUUCUAACAUCCAUCUUCAUCCUCCCUGUCCCAAAGGCGGCUAGGGUUCCUCUGAACUGGCUGGGUGAAAUUUAUUGCAUGAUACAAGAUCCGAAAAUCCCAAAGGAUAUCUGCGUCACUGCGUCUAUCUAUCUCCUAGUCGCAAUAUCAUGUGAACGUUACAUCGCCAUCGGCCAUCCAAUCUAUUUCAACCGUUUCCUGACACGUGGACGCGUGGCUACAUCCAUAGUCAUCAUCUGGUUCUUCGCCAUUCUUACCUCUGUGCCUCGCAUCUUUACCACCACUGUCCGCAGCGUGGACAACCGGGGCACGGUGGGGAUCUGCUUUUACAAGCCCGCCGGCCGAACAAAUCAGAUCGUUCUCUCAUUGUACCUCUUCUGUCUCCGUCUUUUCAUCCCAACGGUGACGAUGUUGGUGACACAGAGCCUUAUAGCCAGGCAUCUCUAUCGACAUGCCCUCAUGUUCCGUGGGAAAAACGAUACAUCCUUCCACGACGUCGCCCGGCGUCGUGUUCUCAAUUUGAUGCUGAUCGUCAUCAUCACCUACAUCAUCUGCUGGGGUCCGUCUCAAGUGGCCGUCUUUCUCUUCUUCUUCAGAAUCAUCCCACCAAGCUUCAGCCAGAGUCCAGCAUGGACCCUCAUCUUCAUGCUCUCAUUCUUCAACUCCUGCGCCAACCCGAUCAUCUACGCCAUCAGGUUCAAGGAGUUCCGAGAAGCAGUGUGGGCUUUGUUCAGUAGGCAGAGGCGACCGCUGGCCGGCAUCUUCGAGCAGGAGAAGAGAAGCAUCGACAGUGAUGCGCCAACCGCCCUGACCGAUGUGCAGACUGGUGAAGGCGUCGCGACAAAAAUUGCACCGCCGACAUUUCAUUCAAGUGGGGAACUAUAAGUUAUAACCCCAACCUUUC